AUAACGAUAUGCAAAUAAUGCGGCACAAAAGCUGCUACAAGCUCAACCAAAAUCAUGUGUCAGAUAUGAACCGAAAUCGAAAUCGACACUCAAUACUAAAAUGCCACUGAAUAUGCAAGUUUUGUGGCGAUAAUUAUUAUUUGCUCAGAACAGUUUUAUUCCCUUUCAAAAAUAGGUCUAUUUUGACGUCAUAUAGAAUUCUAACGCCACACUCGCUGUCAGCAGAGUGAGAAUAUUUCCCAUUUUGCCACUAUGCAUAGCCUGAGAAAGUUGCUUAAACUUUUAAAGGAGGAAACCUCCAAUUUCACAAAUGCAACAUCUGUCCACGGCUUAAAAUUCAUUACAAGCAGCAGCACAUUAGUCGAAAAGUGUUUCGCAUUUAUUAUUUAUUAGCUAAAUUUCAAUAAUCCUUUUUUUCAGGUUGAUAUGGCUUCUAGUGAGCGCCUUUGCCGUCCUCGGAACUCUCCUGAUGGCCAACACUGUGUGGCAGGCUUUCCGAGCCUCGCCGACGCAAACGAUCGUGGAGAACCCGAGUUUCCCUGUUUGGAACGUCGACUUCCCUGCUCUUACUAUUUGCAAUUUGAACAAAAUCCAGCGAACCAAAGCUUUGGCACUGAUGAGCGAAUUCCUCAAUAUGAGUAAGAUUGAUAACGAAACUGAAAAAUUGUACCUGGACUCGCUCUUUGCUCUGGGAUUGAUGCGAUAUCCUUAUUACCACCAUGCUCAGCUUUACAUCCGCAGAGGAAACAAGAGAUUAAUGGAUUUUGAAAAGUGUAACCUCACAGAUCUCAUGUUUCGGGUGAUGGCGAAGCAAAAUGAAAUAUUUGGAACCUGCUAUUGGAAAGGAAAAGAAAUUGGAUGCAAUGUCGCUUUCCGGCUGCAAAUCACAGAAGAGGGGUUUUGUUACUCAUUUAACUCAAAAACUUCCGAAAAUCCAAUCCCACCAGACAUGGACUCGCCACCAUUUCAAGACAAAGUUGGAAAUAAACAACCUUGGAGAAACAAUGCAGCAGGAAGAACAACCGGAUUAGAAGUAUUUUUCAAAUCUUCUGAGGAGGAAUAUUUACCGGCAGAUCAGAGAACACCAGGCUACAAUCUGAUAAUUCACAAUCCUUCAGAACUGCCCGACGUAUCCAGAGCUCUGUUUCUUCCUCGCACCAGCAGUCGCGUGACGUUGCUGGCGGUAACCGCUUCAAGGGUGCAUGCUAGUCCUGAGCUUGCCAGGUUAUCCCUGAAGGACAGGGGCUGCACAAUGGAGCACGAUGGGCAGGAUGACGUGCAGGAAAACUGCAAGGCACGCUGUAGGAUUUUGGAUAUUGUCAAACACUGUCAUUGUGUUCCAUACUUCGGAGUUAGGAGAGCGCCUGUCAAUACUCCACAGUGCACGAUCAAACACGCAAAGUGCCUAGCUGCCAAAAAUGCUGAGCAGAGAAAUAUUCGACCUCCUGAGGGCAGUACCGGCUUUAGGAAAACCGACCUAGUCUAUUCAAUCAACUGCUCUUGCCCUCCCUCUUGUUCCACAACUGAUUACACAGCAGAGCUCCUGGUUGCACACAGAAUGGAUCCUUAUUUGUAUGAGGGUUAUGCGUACAUAGACGUCUAUUUUAAAGACCUAGAAAUUGUCAGUUAUGUGCGGGAUGUAAAAUUUGGUCUGAUGGACCUAUUGGUUUCGUUUGGUGGUUUGGCUGGACUUUUUCUCGGCUUCAGUAUCAUCAGUGCUGUUGAAAUACUUUAUUUCAUUAUGAGAUUUGUGAUUAGAUUAUUGUUUGUGAUUGCACGCAGAAAUAGGAUUAAGGGUAAAAACAAAAAUGCUGAAGAGCCCGUCAUUACUUGGACUGUGAGUGGCUAUUAUCCCUAA